UGUCGCUACCCCUUAGGUAUGUCAGGUGGGCACAUCCCUGAUGAAGACAUUUCUGCUUCAAGCCAAUGGUCUGAAUCCACAGCAGCCAAGUAUGGAAGGCUAGGAUCAGAAGAUGGUGAUGGUGCAUGGUGCCCUGAAGUCCCUGUGGAACCUGAUGAUCUCAAGGAGUUCCUGGAGGUUGAUUUACAUGAGUUGCAUUUUAUCACCUUAGUAGGGACACAAGGCCGGCAUGCAGGAGGUCAUGGCAAUGAAUUUGCUCCAAUGUACAAAAUUAAUUACAGCCGGGAUGGCACCCGCUGGAUUUCUUGGCAAAACAGGCAUGGAAGGCAGGUACUUGAAGGAAACACUAAUCCAUAUGACAUUGUCCUCAAGGACCUGGAACCGCCUAUUAUUGGGAGAUUCAUUCGCUUCAUCCCUGUGACUGAUCACUCUACAAAUGUGUGUCUCAGAGUCGAGCUGUAUGGUUGUGUUUGGUUGGAUGGAUUGGUUUCAUAUAAUGCUCCAGCAGGGCAACAAUUAGUUCUCUCCGAUGGCCAUGUGAUCUACUUGAAUGAUUCAAUCUAUGAUGGUUAUAGCAUGACAGAAGGAUUAGGGCAACUAACAGAUGGGGUUUCUGGCUUGGAUGAUUUCAGCCAGAGCCAUGAAUAUUAUGUAUGGCCUGGUUAUGACUAUGUUGGUUGGAGCAAUGAGAGCACCACAAAUGGACAUGUGGAAAUCACCUUUGAAUUUGACCGAAUCAGAAAUUUCACCACCAUGAAGGUUCACUGCAAUAAUAUGUUUGCCAAAGGAGUAAAGAUUUUCAAGGAGGUGCAGUGUUACUUCCGCUCUGAUGCAAAUGAAUGGGAACCAAACACCAUCUCCUCGUUACUGGUACUAGAUGAUGUCAAUCCCAGUGCUCGCUUUGUGACAGUACCCCUUUUCCAUCGGAUGGCUAAUGCCAUCAAAUGCCAGUUCUACUUUGCUGAUACCUGGAUGAUGUUCAGUGAGAUUACCUUCCAGUCAGAUACAGCUAUGUACAACAAUUCUGGAGCCCUUCCUGAGUCUUCAAUGACUCCCACUACCUAUGAUCCUACUCUCAAAGUAGAUGACAGCAACACUCGCAUCUUAAUUGGCUGUUUAGUGGCAAUCAUCUUUAUCCUUGUGGCUAUCAUUGUAAUCAUUCUCUGGAGGCAGUUUUGGCAGAAGAUGUUAGAAAAGGCCUCUCGCCGGAUGCUGGAUGAUGAAAUGACUGUGAGUCUCUCUCUACCCAGCGAAUCCAAUAUGUUCCACCACAGCAGCUCCACACCAUCCAGUGAACAAGAAUCAAACUCCACUUAUGACCGCAUAUUCCCCCUUGGAGCUGACUAUCAAGAACCAUCGCGAUUGAUCCACAAGCUUCCUGAAUUCAUCUCAGGGGAAGAUGAGGCAGGAUGCAGUGGGAUCACCAAGCCAACCCAGCCAAAUGGAGCCGAAGGGGUUCCCCAUUAUGCAGAAGCAGAUAUUGUGAACUUGCAGGGAGUCACAGGCAGCAACACCUAUUCUGUCCCUGCAAUCACCAUGGACUUACUCUAUGGCAAAGAGGUGGCUGUGGCUGAGUUCCCUAGGAAGCUGUUGACUUUCAAGGAGAAAUUGGGAGAAGGACAAUUUGGGGAGGUUCACCUCUGUGAAGUGGAAGGAAUGGAGAGAUUUGUGGACCAGGAUUCUAUUCUGGAUGGUAGUGUCACCCAGCCUGACCUACUGGCUGUGAAAAUGCUGAGAGCUGAUGCCAACAAGAAUGCCAGGAACGACUUCCUCAAGGAGAUUAAGAUUAUGUCCAAGCUGAAGGAUCCCAAUAUAAUCCGGUUGCUGGCUGUGUGCAUCACUGAUGACCCUCUCUGCAUGAUUACUGAAUACAUGGAAAAUGGUGAUCUCAACCAGUUUCUGUCUCGUCAGGAACCCCAAAAUUUGUCAGAGAGCUCUACCCCUCCUACGUACCUUCCUCAACCUCCAUUUUGCCCUGAUCCUGUAUAUAAGCUAAUGCUCAACUGUUGGAGACGAGAUACCAAAACUCGCCCUUCCUUUCAAGAAAUCCAUUGCUUUCUUCAAGAAGCAACUACUUCAUAGUGAUGCCUUCAAAUGCUAUGGACCACCUCUUCCCCUUGCCAUGUUACCCUUUCCAAGUUAUACCCAGAACUGAAGCCACUUCACCUGGAGCCAUCAUUUCCUUUAAUAACACAGCUGGACUCAAAUCAACCAUCAAAGGACACAUGAGAGAGAAAUGGGGAUCUGACCAGGUCUGCCACAUAACCUUAUUCACGAUGCUGUGUUUUGGACUGGUAAAGACUGAAAAAGUUAUUUAUCUUGUAAAUGUUCUAGGUUGUGUUUUGUUUAAUGGAGUUUGUCCAUGAAAGAGAUGAAAACGUAUUCUUUUUUCCCUAAAA